AUGAAUGCGGCUCCAUUUCCGUUCAGGGCAUCUCACCACCGCCGAGCACACUCCGAGGUCAACUUCCGGCUACCGGACGACCUAGAUCUGGUAUCAGACACCUUCGAUGCACCCUCUGGAAGCUUCGAAGAGCUUGGAUCUGAGGACGAUUUGUUUUGUACUUAUAUGGACAUUGAGAAGCUCGGAUCCAACUUGACUGACGGCGGCGGCAGCGGCGGAGGUGGUCUAGACAUCGGUCGGAUCAGCAAUUCCGGUGGUGGUGGUGGAGCUUCGGAGGAUAACAAUGGUGACGGUGAAAAGAGCAGUUCCAGACCUCGACAUCGGCAUAGCAAUUCAAUGGAUAGUUCCAGUCUUUAUAGUGAAAGUAUUGAAGCUAAGAAAGCAAUGGCUCCUGAUAAGCUUGCUGAAUUGUGGACUAUUGAUCCUAAACGCGCUAAGAGGAUUUUAGCGAAUCGACAAUCUGCUGCUCGAUCGAAAGAGAGGAAAGCACGCUAUAUAUCGGAACUUGAGAGAAAAGUUCAGACCCUACAAACAGAAGCAACCACCCUUUCAGCUCAGUUAACUCUGUUUCAGAGAGAUACAACCGGCCUUUCAUCUGAAAACACCGAGCUUAAGCUCCGAUUACAGGCUAUGGAACAACAAGCUCAGUUACGUGAUGCUCUGAAUGAGGCACUGAAGCAGGAAGUGGAAAGGCUGAGAGUUGCAACCGGAGAAAUAGCAAGCUGUUCAGACGGAUACAAUCUAGGGAUGCAUCAUGUUCCUUAUAACCAACCAAACUUCUUCACAAACCAAAACCAACCCGACCCACAAAAAUACCACCACCACCACCCGCUACUUGCCGCCACCCAUGGCGGUGCCCUCUCAAACACAUUGCAACAGGAUCCACUUGGGCGGUUCCAAGGGCUUGACAUCAGUAACCGAAACGGUUCUCAUCUUGUCAAAACCGAAGGGCCUUCGAUCUCUGCUAGUGAAAGCAGCAGUACGUUUUAAAUCUCAACUUUAUUUUUUAAAUUGUUUAUAGAUUGACAUGUGUCGUUUUAGUCUCCACAAAAACCAUUUUCUUUCAAAAUUUUAUUUAUUUAAUUUUCACAUGAUUAAUUAGGGUUUUAGGAUUUAACAAGUUCUUCACCAAGUUCUUUGGUGUUGUGUUAAAAUCGGGUGUUGGAGAAUUUGCGUCGUUGUGUAGUGUCUGUUGUUAUUCAUUCAACUCUCACCAUUGUUUUGUGUUAAUUCAUUUAACUGAAUUUAUUUAUUGUGUUUUUUUUUU